AAGUCUCUAACAACUCUGGGAAAGGUUAUCUCUGCUCUUGCUGAAAUGGUUUAUGUUCUACUCAGAAUAAGAAAAAGAAGAAGAAUGAUUUUAUUCCAUACAGAGACUCUGUACUCACCUGGCUUUUAAGAGAGAACCUGGGUGGAAACUCCCGAACUGCUAUGGUAGCUGCUUUAAGUCCUGCAGAUAUCAACUAUGAUGAGACCCUCAGCACCCUCCGAUAUGCUGACCGUGCUAAACAGAUUCGCUGCAAUGCUGUUAUUAAUGAAGAUCCAAACAACAAGCUUAUCCGUGAACUUAAAGAUGAGGUGGCCCGUCUGAGAGAACUUCUUGGUGCCCAAGGAUUAUCCGACAUCAUUGACAAUGUGUGUCCUGUGGAUAACGCCAAUGUUCUACACACGCGUCAUGGUCCUGACAAUCUCUUCACAGCCGUAAAU